AUGUACGCCCUUGUCCGUUACUUAAACCAGUUUGAUAGCACUUUGCAUGCCAUUAAUGCGGACAACAUCGUGAAUUUCAACCCCAAAGACGACGACGAUUUUGACAAUAAAGCAACCUACGACGCAUGGAAGCCGGGCACCAGCGACGUCUGUCCUGUUCAAAUUCUGCUUUUGGCACGAACAGAGGCUGAGCUUGAAAGAAAGAAGACGUCCAAACGUGUGUUUGUGCCAAAGCUCAACACGUCACAAUGUGAAAGUGCCGCCGCGCCAAUUUCACAAAAGCAGAAAAUUCGACAGGAGGAAAAGAAAAAAAGGCAGAAACAGACGACGUCAACACGAAAGGAGUAUGAGAACAUCAUAGAUAAGCAUCUGCAGAACGCAAAAAAGGAAGCCGCCCAAGCCCAUGGGGUGAGAAGAAAAAGACACAGAGACACGGACGAUUUCUCCGAGUCGGAGGUGUCAGACUCCGAGUGUAUUGUGUCAGCAGCCGAGGUAAAGAAAGCUAACGAAGAGGCCACGUACUGGCAGCGGCUUUGUGAAAAGAAUCUGUGGGAGCUAAAAACCAAGCUUGGACGAAUUGAAAAGAUUGUGGAGGAAGUGCUGGUGACGGUCCAGGCAGCGGGGUUCGACGAAAAGCUGUUUGGUAGGCAGUCGUCAACACCAGUGCACGAGCCACCCCAAGAAAUACCAGGUCCUGUGGCUUCCCCUCCCACAACGGAGCCCUUGUCUGUCACACCUUGUAGUCUUACAUCAGACCCUUCUAGCACAGACUUGGAGCCAUUCACAAAAAUCGACGACAAACAUUUCCACCUUAAGGAUGGGGUAGUUGUGUCACAUGUUCUGGCAGAUAAACUUAAGAAAAUCAAGAAACCCACGGUGGUUAUCCGCGAAACAGCACAGGCCAUAUGGGGAACAGAAAAGUUGAAAGAGAGGAGCUAUGGAGGGCGGCUGGCACCUAAAGAUAAAAGAGACAACUCGAAGCAGCCACGGAAGGAGCUUACUCCUCACAAGGUUGGCGUGGUUGUAGCAACGUUGAAUCACUGGAGAGAUUCCAACAGCAUGGCUGACCCCACGUGGGAGCAAAGAAAUGGAGCAGCGGUGGACACUGCACUGUCGAACAUCUCGACAAUCCUCUCAUCCAAGAUACAAGAUGCACGAAGGCCACCAAAGAUGACUCUACAGCUCUAAGUCACAAGCUUUUUCUUCAUUUUGUAUGUGCGGCAUCCCAAUGAACAUGAACAUGAUGGUAGCGCGUGG